CCGGCCUAUGUCCUGCUCCGCCGUUGUGGAGAUGCCGCCCGAUCUGCCGGAGUCCCGCCUAAAGGCUGUCGUCAAGCCCGGCGCCACCGAUUCGGCCAGCGCCUGCCAGCCCGUCGAGUCGUCCGCCGAGCUGGUAAGCUCGCUCUCCUCGCUCGGGUCCUUCGUGUCGGCCGUGUCGAUGGACCACCUGGCCUCCGGGCCGGGGAACCCCGAGCCAGCCCGCGAGCCUGCCGAGGCCGUGGGACCGCAUGUGCUGGCCGCACGCCGGGCUGCCGCCCACGAUCCCGCUCUCGGAUGGUUUGAGGGCGCUCUGGCGGCCCGGCGCCAGGAUGCCGCGCGCAUGCUCCAGUCGCUGACUCGUGCGGAAAUCCAAGUCCCCCGGCCGGGGCCGCUGCCGGCGUGCGUGGCCGCCGCGCUGCCCUUCCGCAGCACGCCGGCCCCCGGCCCCCGGGAGGCCCAUGGUCCCGAGGCGGCCGGUGCCCCGCGCGACGCCGAUCCCCUGGCCGAGGGGUCGCCCGAGCGCAUGGCACUCCAGCACUUCGCCGAGGGCCACCUCUUCUUCGGCAUCAUCGAGGGAACGGCCCCGGCGGCCACCGCGCACUUCUACCAGCGCUUGCAGAAGCUUGGCCAGCGUUUUGUCUCGCAGCAGGAUUCCCUGCCCGAUCGGUGCGCCCUGGCCUUGGACAUGGGGUGCCACCGGGAUGGCACCGUCCCGUCGGCCCUGGGCCCCGCCCUGGACACACUGUACCCGGAGGCCGUGACAUGCCAGGCUCCGGAAGCCGGGCCCGAUGCCCUGGUCCCCGGCCUCUGGUACCGCGAGUGGAUCCCCAACGGCCGGUGUGCUUUCCUUUUCGGGGAUUUCUCCGACUGGCGGCGCGCCGACUUCCCCAUGCUUCGGGAUCAGGACGGCGUCCACCAUGUGUUCAUCCCCCACGGCCCGGCCGGGCCGGCCAUCCCCCACCAGUCCCGGUACAAGGUCGGCUUUCGGACUCGCAACACUGGCGCCUGGCUCGAGCGGGCCCCCGCUUGGGCCAAGUACCUGCUGGCCGGCGGGGGCGAUGGCAAGCUCUUCGACGCCAUCCACUGGAGUCCCGAGCGGCCGUACCGGCCGCGCUUUGCCCGGCCGGCGCCCCUGCCGCCAGGCCAGCGUCUGCUCAUCUACGAGGCCCACGUGGGCAUCGCCUCGCCCGAGCCACGCAUUGCUUCGUACAUGGAGUUUGCCGAGCGCGUGGUGCCUCGCAUUGCCGCCCUCGGCUACAAUGCCAUCCAAGUGAUGGCCGUCCAGCACCACCCGUAUUACGCCUCCUUCGGGUACCAUGUCACCCACCCGUUCGCCGUGUCCGGCUACAGCGGCACGCCGUGUGAGUUCCGCGCGCUCGUGGACAAGUGCCACCAGUUCGGCCUCCGGGUCAUCUUGGACAUUGUCCAGGCACAUGGCUGCAGCAAUGUGCUCGAUGGCCUUGGGGAGUUUGACGGAACCCCGGACGGGACUUACUUCCAUGGCGGCCCGCGCGGCACGCACUCCCAGUGGGAUAGCCGGAUCUUUGCCUAUGAGCGCCCGCAGGUGGCCCGCUACCUCCUGAGCAACCUGCGCUUCUGGCUCGAUUGCUACGGGGUCGAUGGGUUCCGCUUUGACGGGAUCACCUCCAUGCUGUACACCCACCAUGGCAUUUUCCACGUCUUUUCCGGCGACUACCGCGAAUACUUCGACCCCAUCACCACCGACCGAGACGCCAUCGCCUACCUGACGCUGGCCAAUGCCCUGGUGGCGGAUACCCACCCCGGGGCCAUCACCGUGGCCGAAGAUGUGUCCGGCAUGCCGCUGCUGGCCCGGCCGCUGGCCGAGGCCGGCAUGGGCUUCGGCUGGCGCAUGGCCAUGUUCCCGGCCGACGAGUGGACCCGCCUGGCCAAGGAGAUCAGGGACGAGGACUGGUCCGUCAGCAAUAUCAGCUGGAUGCUGUCCAACCGCCGGCACAUGGAAAAUACCGUGGUCUAUGUGGAGUCGCACGAUCAAUGCCUCGUCGGCGACCAGGCCCUCAUGUUCCGCAUGGCCGGCGCCAGCAUGUACUCGGCCAUGUCGCGUCUGAGCCCGCCCGGGCCGGACAAGGGCGCCGUCGAGCGCGCCCUCCGCCUGCACAAGAUGAUUCGCCUCGUGACCCUGACCCUCGGCGGCGAGGGCUAUCUGAACUUCAUCGGCAAUGAGUUUGGCCAUCCCGAGUGGCUGGACUUCCCGCGCGAGGGCAAUGGAAAUUCAUACAACCACGCGCGGCGGCAGUUCCAACUGCUCGACGAUCCAAACCUGCACUUUGGAGCCCUCUGGCGCUUUGAUGCGGGCCUCAUCUGGGGCCUGGGCCGGGUGGUGCCCCGGACCACGCGCGAGUUCGUCAGCCGCAAGAACGAUGGCGACCAGGUGUUGGCCUUCGAUUUCAGCUUCCCGGCCCCGGCAAAUCCGAAUGUCCGGCUGGACGCCACCCUGGCCGACGCCCCGCCGGCCUACGACCAUUACGUGGUGGUGGCCAACUUCCACCCGUACAAGAGCUUCGAGGGAUACAGCAUCGGUGUCCCCGCGGCCGGGACCUACCGCAUGGUGCUGUCCUCGGAGGCGCCGAUCUUUUCCGACCGCGACACCGAGUGCUACCGCCGCUCAUGCUCCGCACCGCAGCUGUCCCAUUCGCAGCUGGUGGCCGCCACCCAGUCGGACCGUGGCGACGACUCGGCCGCCGACAUUCCGACUCCCGGGUCGUGCGUCAAUCGCUUCCACGCGCUGUGCUUCCAGCUGGCCCGGGCCGGCUGUGCCAGCAAGGAGCACACCCGGGCCGGUGGCGAGCCGGCCGCCACGGCCUUCCUGACCAAGCAGCUGCUGGAGGUGGCCUCGGGACGAGAGUGUGCCACCUGCCGGGCCGACUCCCUGAUCGACCCGAAUGGGCGGUACUUCUCGGAUCGCGAGGCCGAGGGCGGCUGGGAUGGUCGUGCGGCUCGCAUCCAGGUGUAUAUCCCCUCCCGAACGGCCCUCGUGCUGAAGCGCGAGUAGGUGACCACCCACCCGGCCCGUGGCCCUCGCCGCCCAGCCCAAGGAGGGAGCCCCCUGGGAGGCACUCACCCGCCCGGUGUCCGCAUGGGUGUGCAUUCGGCCACACAAGCCCCGGCCAAGUGGGGCAAAACCAAAUCUAUAUUCUUUCUCACAGCUCGCGCGCAUGAAGCCACAAACAGCUGCCGGCCCAGCGAGCCAGCCGGGAGAAAGGGGCAAAGAGGAGAAGUAAAAGACAGAAGCAGGGGGAAGGACAGACCGCGAAUGGCAGGGGGCCGGGGGAGCACACAAACAACAGGAGCCCCGCCCAGGCGGAGGCAGGAGGGGGGGGAGGGGGGGGGGAG